UUGGGCUCCUCUCCGCCCUCCCGGCUGCGCCCCCGCGCCGACUCUCGCGCCCGGAGCGCAGCGGAAACCUCCCUCCCCUUUCGCCUCCUGCGACUGCUUCCCUCCGCCUCCUCUGCCCGCCACUGGAAUCAAUUCCGUGGGGGGAAUCGGGGCUCCGGCGCCGGGGAGGCAACCGUGGGCGCGGGUCUGCGGGCCGCCGCGGGGCCAUGUAAGCAGCUGUCUUCCAGAGGGCCACGCCGGGCAUGGACACCUUCUUCCCAACCUGGAGGAGCACGGGCGGUAGUGUGAUCACCCCACCACAAACCUGCUAAGGCCAUCUCAGGGGCGCGUGGGCCAGGAUAGGAGGGUGGCCUCCGAGGGCCACAGAGCCAUGCCUUUCGGCCUGAAGCUCCGCCGGACUCGGCGCUACAAUGUCCUGAGCAAGAACUGCUUUGUCACCCGGAUCCGCCUGCUGGACAGCAACGUUAUCGAGUGCACACUGUCAGUGGAAAGCACAGGGCAGGAGUGCCUGGAGGCCGUGGCCCAGAGACUGGAGUUGCGGGAGACGCAUUACUUCGGCCUUUGGUUUCUCAGCAAGAGCCAGCAAGCACGAUGGGUGGAGCUGGAGAAACCCCUGAAGAAACAUCUGGACAAAUGUGCUAAUGAGCCUCUGCUUUUCUUCGGAGUCAUGUUCUAUGUGCCAAAUGUGUCAUGGCUUCAGCAAGAGGCCACAAGAUAUCAGUAUUACCUGCAAGUCAAAAAGGACGUGCUUGAAGGGCGCCUGCGGUGUACGUUGGAGCAGGUGAUCCGGCUGGCCGGCUUAGCCGUGCAAGCUGAUUUUGGAGACUAUCAUCAAUUUGAUUCUCAAGAUUUCCUCAGAGAGUAUGUGCUGUUUCCUAUGGAUUUGGCCCUGGAAGAGGCUGUUCUGGAGGAGCUCACCCAGAAGGUGGCCCAGGAGCACAAAGCCCACAGUGGAAUCCUGCCAGCAGAAGCGGAGCUUAUGUACAUCAAUGAAGUGGAACGUUUGGACGGCUUUGGACAGGAAAUCUUCCCUGUGAAGGACAAUCAAGGAAACAGUAUGCACCUGGGCAUUUUCUUCAUGGGCAUUUUCGUGAGAAACAGAAUUGGAAGACAAGCAGUCAUACACAGGUGGAACGAUAUUGGGAAUAUCACUCAUAACAAGUCGACUAUUAUAGUGGAGCUCAUCAACAAAGAGGAGACAGUGCUGUUUCACACGGAUGAUAUCGAAAAUGCCAAGUAUAUUUCCAGGUUGUUUGGUACACGGCACAAGUUUUAUAAACAAAACAAGAUCUGCACUGAGCAAUCAAAUUCUCCACCUCCUAUCAGACGCCAGCCCACCUGGAGCAGGUCCUCCCUGCCCAGGCAGCAGCCGUACAUCCUGCCUCCCAUGCAUGUCCAGUGUGGCGAGCACUAUUCGGAAACACACACCUCACAAGACAGCAUCUUUCAUGGGAAUGAAGAAGCCUUGUAUUGCAACUCUCACAACAGCCUGGACUUAAAUUAUUUAAAUGGCACCGUCACCAAUGGCAGCGUGUGUAGCGUUCACAGCAUCAACUCUCUCAACUGCUCCCAGAGUUUCAUCCAGGCUUCACCCGUCUCCUCCAACCUCAGCAUCCCUGGGAGUGACAUCAUGCGAGCUGACUACAUCCCCAGCCACCGGCACAGCGCCAUCAUUGUGCCGUCUUACAGGCCCACCCCCGAUUACGAGACAGUCAUGCGGCAGAUGAAGAGGGGCAUCAUGCACGCGGACAGCCAGAGCCAGUCUCUGCGCAACCUCAACAUCAUCAACACCCACGCCUACAACCAGCAGGAGGACCUGGUGUACAGCCAACCCGAGAUGCGGGAGAGACACCCCUACACCAUCCCAUAUGCGCUGCAGGGGGGUUAUGGAAACAAACUCCUGGGUCCUAGUGACCCAGUGACCCCAAAGAGCAAGGCGGUGCCCAGCAAGCCAGGGGCCAGCGCCAUCUCACACACAGUGAGCACCCCAGAGCUGGCCAACAUGCAGCUCCAAGGCAGCCACAACUACAGUGCAGCCCACAUGCUCAAGAACUACCACUUCCGGCCGCCGCCCCCCUAUCCUCGCCCCCGACCCGCCACCAGCACCCCGGACCUGGCCAGCCAUCGCCACAAGUAUGUCAGUGGCAGCAGCCCGGACCUGGUGACCCGGAAGGUGCAGCUGUCGGUGAAGACCUUCCAGGAGGACAGCUCGCCGGUGGUACAUCAGUCCCUGCAGGAGGUGAGCGAGCCCCUCACCUCCACCAAGCACCACGGCGCGGUGAACAAGCGCCACAGCCUGGAGGUGAUGAACUGCAUGGUGCGCGGCAUGGAAGCCAUGACACUCAAGUCGCUGCACAUCCCCCUGGCCCGCCGCAACACCUUCCGCGAGCAGGGCCCGCCCGAGGAGCCCCCGCAGCUGCCCCAGUACCAGCACAAGAAGACACUCUCUGACGCCACCAUGCUGAUCCACAGCAGUGAGAGUGAGGAGGAGGAGGAGGCGCCCGAGCCCGUGGCGCAGAUCCCCACGCUCCGUGAGAAGAUGGAGUACAGCGCGCAGCUGCAGGCCGCCUUGGCCCGCAUCCCCAACAAGCCCCCGCCCGAGUACCCCGGGCCAAGGAAGAGCGUGAGCAACGGAGCGCUGAGGCCAGAGCCGGGCAGCCUCCCUCCGGCCGUCACCAGGGCCAGGCUGCUGAGACACGGGCCCGCCAAGGCCCUCAGCGUCUCCCGUGCCGACCAGCCCGCCGCAGCCGGGGCCUCUCUGGGCCCGUCCAUCUCCGAACCCGACCUGACCAGCGUGAAGGAGCGGGCCCGGAAGGAGCCUGUGAAGGAGAGACCUGUGUCCGAGAUGUUCUCCCUGGAGGACAGCAUUAUAGAAAGAGAGAUGAUGAUCAGGAAUCUAGAAAAGCAGAAGAGAGCAGGCCUGGAAGUGCAGAAGAGGCCGCUGAUGUUGGCCGCCUUGAAUGGACUCUCGGUCGCUCGCGUCUCGGGUCGGGAAGAGAGCCGAGCUGAUGGCACGCGCGUUCCCAUGGACGAGCGGUUCAGAACCCUAAAGAAGAAGCUGGAAGAGGGCAUGGUGUUCACAGAAUACGAGCAGAUUCCAAAGAAGAAAGCCAACGGCGUGUUCAGCACGGCCACCCUCCCGGAGAACGCCGAGCGCAGCCGCAUCCGCGAAGUUGUACCCUACGAGGAGAACCGCGUAGAGCUGAUACCCACCAAAGAAAACAACACCGGUUACAUUAAUGCCUCCCAUAUCAAGGUGGUGAUUGGCGGGGCACAAUGGCACUACCUCGCCACUCAGGGGCCCCUGCCUCACACGUGCCACGAUUUCUGGCAGAUGGUGUGGGAGCAGGGCGUGAAUGUGAUCGCCAUGGUCACCGCAGAAGAGGAGGGUGGACGAACAAAGAGCCACCGAUACUGGCCCAAACUGGGUUCCAAGCACAGCUCAGCCACCUAUGGCAAGUUCAAGGUCACCACGAAGUUCCGGACAGAUUCUGGUUGCUAUGCAACCACAGGCUUGAAGGUCAAGCACCUUUUGUCUGGGCAGGAAAGGACAGUGUGGCAUCUGCAGUACACUGACUGGCCAGAUCACGGCUGCCCAGAGGAUGUCCAAGGAUUUUUGUCUUACUUGGAGGAGAUACAGUCGGUCCGUCGCCAUACCAACAGCAUGCUGGAAGGCACCAAGAACCGGCACCCACCCAUUGUUGUCCACUGCAGUGCCGGGGUGGGGAGGACCGGCGUGGUCAUUCUCUCGGAACUGAUGAUCUACUGCCUGGAGCACAAUGAAAAGGUGGAAGUCCCCAUGAUGCUGAGGCUCCUCAGAGAACAAAGGAUGUUCAUGAUCCAGACCCUCGCUCAGUACCAGUUCGUCUACCAGGUCCUCAUCCAGUUCCUACAAAACUCCAGACUCAUUUAAUCUCCCCAGUCCAGCUGUGGAGGAGGGACCCAGCUGCUGCGAGCCGGUGCAGUCGCCUCCAGACAACGUCUGUUCCCCAGCUGGGGACAGAUGGCUGGCCACGGGCGCCUUGAAGCAGGAGCCCAGAGUAUUUACAAGCAUCAUGUAUUAUUUUAUAUGAGAUAAUUUAUUUUUUUCCCUCCUUUGGAAUAACUUUUGUGAAUUAUGAUAAUGCAAUUUUCACAGUAAUAUAGUACUUGUCAUUUAGACCACAUGUUUGACUGAUCUGCAUUGUAAUCAGGUAGAGGGGAAGGUGGCUCAGUGGUGGAUCUGGGCUUGGAGGCAGAAGGGAGUGUGUCUCUAGUGAAGCGGCAGCCAGGUUUGUGAUGCGCCACACAAACCACCAGCUUAAUGCUCGGGUCCAGAACGUAGACAGCAAGAAGAUGAGCUCAUCCUGGAAUGUAACGGAAAGGGCCAAGGUGUUUUCCUGAAGGAGCAAAUACCCAACAACCUGCUCUCUAUUUUGGGGUUCGUGUGCCUUGGUGGACAGUCGAUUUCCUCCCUUCUUCGUUCCUGCCCUCAUUCUCAGUAAUCCCUCUUCUUGCCCCCUCCCCACCCCUUCCCUCAAGUUUGCAUUACAGAUGGGGACACCUGGAGAAAAUGCUUCCGUGCCGUGCGGCAGUGGCCUACGCAUCUCUGGGCUGCAUAAGGAGCUCGUGCCGUAUCUUUCUUGACCACCCCUCAUUCUGGGCUCCAGAGCCCCCUCAUUCUGGGCUCCAGAGCCUGUUUCCCUGCCAGGGCUGGGCCCUGGGUGCUUGCUGCUUGCUUCUCUGUUUGCUCAGGAAGCCCUUGCCUCAUGGCCUUGGGCCCUGGGCCAGGCCCUGUGUGCAUUUGGGCCUCUCACCUGAUUGGGAGAGGGUAACGGCCCCAGCUUGGAAAGAGAAUGGCGUCAGCAGGGCCUCGGUACUGUGUGUUAUUGGACCAUGAUGUGUGUGCUGGGUGGGGCCCUCAGGUAGAGGACGUGGGUGUGUUCUUCCAGUUGCUAAGUCAUUGAGAGGGUUAUAAAGGAAACAGCUGGGGAAGCUGAUGGAUGGGAACUGUCGGGCAGCAGGGACCCUGGCCAAGAGCCAAAGUGUGACUGUACCAGGCUUUGGCCUACAAGAGCAGAAUCGGUGCUACUUGGACUCCAAAGCCCAAAUCUUGACACACAAGAGGAAAGGUGGUAGAAUUUCUUUCUCUGUCACAGAAUCCUUCGCUGUUUUCCUUCUCACCCACUCACUGGCCAGCUAUGGUGUUAACUGCUCUGAAUCGGAAGUGCAUUUCCUAGUUUCUGCCUUGUGACUUCAUUGGUCAGUGUCCCGAAUUGCUUAGGUGACACAGCUCAGUCAGUCAUGUUCCACACAUUUGGGGAAUUUGCUUUGUACAUCUAGUUUUUUUCCAUAAUUGCCAGAGCUGGGUUGAUCAGGAGCCAGGAGCUUCUUCCAGGUUUUCCAUGUGGGUACAGGGGCCCAAGGACUUGGGCCAUCUUCCACUGCUUUCCCAGGCCAUAGCAGACAGCUGAAUCAGCGUCCAUAUGGGAUGCUAGCACCGCAGGUGGUGGCUUUACCCACUGUGCCACAGCACCAGUCCCAUGUUUGUUUUUGUUUUUUUAAACAGGCCUUCUAAACUGGUUUUAUUCUUAGGGUUCAGUGUUCCACAAGCCUUCCUCCAUUGCUGCCUUUCUCCCCUGAGCUGAAACACAAAGCAAGCAUGAUGUCAGUUCCACCAGAAGGAGCACACCUGUGUGACCUCCUGUCGCCUCAGACCAGCAGGUUCCUCAUUAAUUCCUUUGAAAUAUGAAGCAGUCGGUUUUACAUCCAGCCAGGUGUUGUGGUUGUAUUUAGAAUAUUUAGGGAGUGAGAGCUGCUUCUUUCUCUUCUUCAAGGUCUGAAGAAUCAGUCAUGGAGUAGAAUUUCAACUAUUUUGUAGGUGCUGGAAAUUCAGUGGAUGUUCUGAAAAGCCAUUAGUUUCAGAUUAUUUUUCUUACUUUUUUUUUUUUUUUUUUUAAUUUGAGAGGCAGGAAGAGACACAGAGAGCUCCCAGCCACUGGUUUACUUCCCCAAAUGCCUGCAACAGUCUGGACCUGGGUCAAGCCAAAACGAGGAGCCAGGAAUUCAAUCCAGGCUCCCAUGUGCGUGGCAGGAACUGAGUCACUUGGGCCAUCAUUACUGCUUCCUUGGAUCUGCAGUCGCAGGAGCAUGGGUUCAGGAGCCAGAGCCUGCUAUCAAGCACAGGUGCUCUGCCGUGGCGGGCAGGCCUCUCAGCUGCGAGGCUUAAACACCCACUCCCCAUGUAUUUCCAGUGGAACCACACUUAGAACCCUUACUGUGAGCAGCCUGUGCACAGGGAAUCCUUUUCAUUUUUGUUUUCUUUUUUGGGGCACUCUUCUCAUUUCAGAUAUGAUCUCAGUUCUUGGAUUAUUGUAUAAUAAAGGAUGUGCCCCCCACAUGGACGCUGCUAAAGUGUCUCCUGUGAGCAGCGUGUACAUCUGGUGUCUCUUUGACCUCAUCACCCAUGGGCUUCCUUUAAACCUGCCUACUGCCCCCCCCCCCUUAUGCUACUGGAAUAUUUGUUAAUGCACAAAAUGAAGGUGGAGUGGGUUUAAUAUCCAACUGCCUAGCUAAGGUUUAUAUAGAAACCAAAAGGAAAGCAGCUAAGAGUGAUCCCAAAUAGUUCGUUUUUAAGAACAAAUGCUUGCUUUUUUGCACUUCUUUUCACAUCUCUAGUAAAUGCCAGCACAUCUCCUGUUAUAUUAGCAGCAGCCAUUUCUGUGGCAUCUGCAUAAUAAUUGCCCAGAGAUGCUUUAUAUCUGGGAAGCAGGCCAAGGAAUAAACCUUGAAGCAAAGUGUAUUAAAUUAGUUAUCUGGUUAGAGCUUUUGGAAUGAUUUCCUGAUGAUGUAUCAAGGCGGAAGCUAGAACUGUCAGGGCCUAUUGCUGCAGUGUGGAUGUGAAGGGAGAAAAUUAAAAAUAGAGGCAAGAAAUGAGACCAUCUCACAAGAAAGCCAGUCAGCAUUUUCAGGCCCCUGGUUCUGAAGUUUUCCUGUUGAAAUAUUUCGUUUCUUUCAUACUUACUCAAUUUGGAUCUACUGACCUGAAGGGUUCGUCCUUGUUCACUGGGGGUUCCGGGGUCUGAAUUUGAUGUCUCCAUCCUCGAGAUAGUUCACUGGUGAAGCUGAGGCUCCUUUGGCUGAGCUUUUUUAGGUUUCAUAUGAGUUCUAGAGAGAGACCACGCUGUACUGAGAAUCUCUGGUAGCCCUUACAUUUCUAUUAGGGUACUCCAAAGUGUUCAUGAGAAAAAUGUAGUUAAAAGAUGUUUAUGGUGGCACAGAACACUCUGAAGUCUCUGCAUAAUUUUUCAGAAUAUGCAUUUUCCAUGAACUUUUUGAAAACCACUUGUAAAAGCUCUUUUUCUGAAUAGUAAAUAAAGGAGGAUUUAGGGACAGGCAUUUGGCCUACCAGUUAGAAUGCCCACAUCCCAGAGUACUUGAGUUUGAGUCCCAGCUCUAGGUUCCUGCUAAUGUACAGCGUGUGCCCUGGGAGGCAGCAGGUGACAGCUUAAGUAGUAAGGUCCUUGACACUCACAUGGAAGAGCCAGUUUGGGCUCACUGUUCCUGGCUUUGGCCUGGCCCAGGCCCAGCAGUUGUGGGCAUUUGAGGGAUGAACCAGCAAAUGAGAGCUCUUGUCUGCCUGUUCAUGUGUCCUGCUUAGCUCUCAGAUAAACAGAAAUUACAGGAAGAUUGAGCCGCACUGGGGGAGGAUGCUGAACACUGAUUUCCUUAUAUGAGAGCAAAAACAAAUGAGUUUCUACUCAGUUGCAAGUACCAAGUAGAUAAGGGAAAAUGAACACAUUUCCACAUGGAUUAUUUUGAGUAGUAAACUUUAAGGGAGCUUCAAAUAAGAGAAAUCUAUUUCUGUACUUUCUGUGUUUUUAGACCAAAAAGAAAAGGUAGUUUGUAAAUUACAAUGAAAUUUUCAUUGUUUGCCCAAGAGUCCCUUGGCUGUAUCUCACCCCUCCUCCAUCAGCCUGGCCAGAGAAUCUUGGUAGACUCUGCUGGAGGAGUUCCUGUGAGAUCUGACCAGCGUGCCUACUCACUUUUUUUUUUUAAAGUAAGAUUUAUUUAUUUGAGAGGCAGAGUCACAGAGAGGGGGAGAGAGAAGGGCCUUCCACUUGCUGGUUCACUCCCUAAAUGGCAGCAAUGGCCAGAGCUGAGCCUAUUCGGAGCCAGGAGCUUUUUCCAGGUCUCCCAUGCAGGUGCAAGGGCUUGAGCACUUGGGCCAUCCUCUACUGCACCCUCAUGUUAACUUCUGGUUGAUGCAGAGCUAGGUGGGUGUCAGGGGUGAGGAUGCGCGGUUUCUGAUCAUUGCCCGAGUCUGCUGCUGAAGAGCCCAUCCCCUCUCACCCGUGGUGGGUGGCCCUUGAUUUUCUUCACAGCCUCAGUAGCAGCGGGAUGCUUUCACCCAUGUGGCUCCCAGAAUCAGCAGUCACAGGUCUGGUGUACCCCUCCUCCUCUCACCUGCAAUUUCAGGGGAGCUGCAGAGCUUACUCCUUUACAGCAAGGCAUGUUUACGAUGGGGGGCCGUGAGCACAGUGGCGGAGUGUGCCUGGUCUGGGUGAGUGGAUGGGUGGGAGUGUCUUGCAUCUCCAGGCUGCAUUCCCAGGGCACCUCAGUGACUUAGGGCUCUACCCCCCUUUCGUGUUUUCUCAUUUGCUUUAUGGAUCAAUAGGAGAGCAGCCCUACAAGAAUUAAGCCUAGUCCUAGAGACUGAUUGUCUUAAACUUCUCCCAAACGUAUAAUUAGGGAACUUCAUUUUUAACCUCAUGAAGCCUCAAGGCCUAAGAUCUGGCAAGUGAAAAUAACUGGAAAACUCAGCACCCAGGAAUCCCCCUUCCCUCCCUUUUGCUUCCUUGGUCAUAGAAACCAUCACUCAGUGCCAGAAGAAAUGAAAAGUCCUGUUUGAAGCAGCUGCAGUAGUACUUAGAUUUAUUUCAAGGUUAACUUAUGUAGGUUCAGGGUGGCUACCUUUAGCAUUGCAGUGUGCCAUCAGACAGAUUGGUUUCUAGCUUCUCCCUUUUGGGUCACUUUCAGCCUCAUGGCUUCUCUACACACAGGUUGCCCAGAACACUGACAAGUUGUGAUGGCUUUGCAGAUACCUGGGGCCCGCAGGAGACGCGCCGGUCACCCAGUGUGUCUGUUCGUGAUCCCUUUCUUUCCCAGCUGCUGCUUCUAGGCAAACAGCUGCCUUCUCAUCAGACAGAAUUUGAGAGAAGGAAGCUGGGAAUAUGGGAUUGGGAUCUUCUUUGUGCCUUGGGGUGGAACCUUUCGCUAAAAUCUCAGGAAUGCUGCUGUGAGUUCAGUGAGGGUGGCUCUCUGAGCAGGGGCACCUGGCGCACUCUGCCUCUCUCAGGGGCCUCUUCUACCGCGGUGUUAGCUGAUAAAUACCCUCAGCACUGGACUGAGAGCUGGAACUCAAAGCCGCCUCUUUAUCAGCUUGAAUGUUGUAAAAUUCUAUUCCAAUUUCUUGUCAACUUUCUUGCCAUUACUUGGACCUCUCAGACAUCCAUCAGCCUUAUCCUUUCAGACAGGAGGUUGCUCUUCAUUAGAGAUGACUUCCUGUGUAUGUCCUCUGAUGCUUCAACAGUCCACUCACCUGCUUGGGGAUACUUCCACAGAAAAAGAGGUUUACAUAUGCAGAUGACUAUUCAAUGUAUAACCUAUGUACCUGGUGUUACAUCAGUAACAUCCAUCUAGUUUGUUUCACUGGACUCUUGUGCUACAGUAUUUUGAUGCUUUCCUUGGUCUGCGCUUUUGUAAGAUGUUGUGAAUUUUGCUUUCAUUUAAAACAACUGACAUUCAGUAGGUUCAAAUGAUGUACAGACAAGUCUCCAACUUAGAAAGCAGGUAUUUUUUCCUUAAGAUACUUGGGUCAUCCUACAGAAGCCUCCUGACUUCCAGCACAGCUAAAGUGUGGGGCUGUGUUGGCUUUCAUGGGCAGCCCUGAAAGAGUAACCUGCACCUGUUAUGUUGUUGCUGUAAGAAGUGCAUUCCAGAAUGGGAGUUAGGAUCCUCAUGGUGGCCACUUAAUACCUUGCAAGAUGGAAACCUGGUCUCUUUACUACCAAACUGUAUACAGUUUUAGUGGCAGGAGAGGGCCUGAGAAGUUUUAAGAACAUUCCCUACCUUGGGGAGUGAUUCUACCAAUAGCCACGGCCACCCUACUUUGGUAUAGGCUCCCUAUCCAUUUAAUGUUAAAAGCCUUAAAUAAAACUAUGCAUGCUAUUCUAUGUGCUAUUUUAUAUCAGUAAAUAAGCUUAUGCUUGCCAGUUUUAUACAUAACUAAGAGAUGUAUAAAACUGACUUUGACAGUAUUUUUUGCACUGUUUCUGUUUUUAUAAAGUCAUAUUUAGAUGUUGGUUCUAGUCAAUGUUCUCACUGUUAAUGCUGUAAGAUGUUUCAUAUGUGCCUUUACAAAUGUGAGAUCUUUAUUCUAACCUUUUUUUUGUAAAAGAUAUCUAU